AUGGAGGAUCUGGAAGGCAAGCCCGCCCUCAUGGGGUUCCGCAUGCCGGCGGAGUGGGAGCCGCAUGAGCAGUCCUGGAUCGGCUGGCCGGUAUGUUUCCCUCUCUCUCUCUCCCCCUUUCGCAUCCCUUUCCUCUCUCACACCCCAUUCCCUCCCCCCUCCCCCGAUGAUCGUGUCGAGCCUCCUGUUCCUCUUUGAACUCAUUUGAGACCUGUGAACUUUCGAAUAGAUUGACAGUUUCAGAAUUAAGAAGUUGAGUAUAGCCUCCUCUAGAGAAGCGACAGUGAAAAAUAUAAUGUUUUCCAUCGUCUCUUCAAUCUUCUGUCACCGGCAGAGUGCUACGUCGUGAGAUGGAUUUUACAGGAGGAUUCUUAUCGUGGGAUUAUUUCCAUGGGUCUUGUAUCUUUAUGGAUUGAUGUUCUCUUUUAUCCACCUUAAAAAAUUAAUCCAUUCUUCAAUAGAGGGAUCCUUCUGAAUCAGCACUGCUUGUAGCUGCAUCUCUCCUACUUGAAAUGCCGAUGCAGCAUUUUCCUUUCGAUUUAUCAGGUUGAGCGUUGUGCUAUCGGAUUACGAAAUGUUAUUUCAAAGCGGGGGGGAACUAAUCCAGUUUUCUUUCUACAGUUAUCUGAUUUUUUUUUAGUCCACAAUAUUCUUUCCAUUUUGAUUGUAGAUUCAGAUCCUUGCUUUUAGUUUCCCCUCACGUUCAUUUUUCCUGUUCAACCUUUACUUCCAUGUAUGCUUUAAAAUGAUGACACUGGAUUUUUAUAAUGAAUGGUAUAGAUUUAUAUGUCAUCAUAUAGCGGUCCAAAUUCUGAAAUGAAGGUUCCGGGUUUAAUAUAGAGUGAUAGAGCCUUUCCUUAAUGGGACGUUCAAGAGUGUUUUUGCCUUCUUUUGCUUCGUAUUUUCUAUUUAGUGAAUGUAAAAGGAGGAGCAAUUUUUCUUUAAUUUGACUUCUUAUCAGUAAAAAUGGGUUUCCAUAUACAUAGAGGAACGUUUUAAUGAUUUCCUCUCGAAUCCCACGCGGAGUUCUUUGACUCAGUUGUGUCUGAACGAGAGAAUUUGAACAAACACUUUUAAGUUCUGAUGUGGGCUAUUGUAAUCCCUUUAGAAAAAUAUUGAAAAUAAUUGUCAAAGAUUUACUCUCGGAUCUCACAUGAAAUUCUUUACUGAAUUGUGUGUCAAGAAGUGUCUUUGACCAAACAUGAUGAAGCCCAGGUGUAGGCUGUUGUGAUCCAUCACAUGAAGGUUCCUGAGGUAAACCCCACGAGGAAGCAGGCAGCAAUGCUGCUUAGAAGCCUCCAAUUCCCGUAAUGGGGUUGCCAUCAACAACGGUGGUGAUUUUGUCCUCGUUGCCUAGGCGAGUGGCAGAGGGUCCUCAAAUUCUAUCUCAAUGGUCCCCUUGGUUGUCUAACAAUGCGAAGGUGAAUACGAAGGGCAAGUUCUAGAUGGUUAGGACAUCUGCAAUGAGGAAUGUGGUAGGAGUGAAGUCCGAUGAGCAGGGAAGAACAUGGGGGUGUUUUGCCAUAGAAGCAUGUCAGGUACGACCAACAAAGCGGAGGAGAAUAAUGGCAUGUUGGGGCUGGGGUUCGUGGAGAUUCCUUUUGUCACCACCGAUAAUCCCUCAUCUCCGUCUAUCUGUAUCUUUCGCUCGCUUUACCUCUAUCUGUGCUCUCCCUCUUCACCCCGUGUAGCAGUCUUCCCUCAUACCAUUCUCUCUUAAGGUUCUUCCAAUUCUUUUCGUGAGACUUUUGGGACUCUGAAAUGAUAGCAAUAGAUCUCACAUAAAAGUGUUUUCUUUAUUCGAUUGGGUCUGAAAGGAGUCUUUGACAGAACAGAGCGCACUGUGAAGUCCAGAUUAUAGAUAAAGCCCCUACACCUUGUAUCUUCUCCUCUAUGGUGAAGGGUUCAUUGGACAUAGAAGAUGAUAGGGAGGCUAUCAUAAAUGUACACAAAAUCUUAGGGGUUUCCUCUGCAUGUACCCGAUUCAUUCACAGGCAUCCGGAAAAUGGAAUAAAUUACUCUUGAUGUAGUGAUUAAAAGAAUUAUUCCUAUGAUGAACAGUUAUGAUGAUAGAUUAAACGGGCAGGAAAAGGUGACAAACGGAAUAAAGGGCUUUGAACCGCAUAUAGGAUGGUCUCUUUUGUGGGACUAUUUACCACCCUUCACUUGCGGAGAAAACGAUCAGAGAAUAGUCACAGAUUUCUGUAAAUAAAUUAUGAUUAUCCAUCUUGUAUGCUUCAGAUAUUAGUUCAUGAUUCUUCUGGGCCAUUUAUAACGAGAUCGUGUAUGAAUUUUUCCAUAGGAGCGAGUGGAUAACUGGCGGGAUGAUGCACUGCCUGGUCAACGCGCAUUUAUCGAAGUGGCAGCAGCUAUUUCUAGGUUUGAGCCCGUAACCCUCUGCGCCAUCGCUUCCCAGGUUGGUGGUCCUCUAAUGCUGUUCAUUUGUGUGGACUUGAUACUUCAUUGAUCUCUCUCCGUUUUCUUCCUUGAGUCGGACAUUGUCAUGCGAAAAGCCCACGCCCCCCCUACUCCCGGUUGACUUGAUAUCAGUAGGGGGAAGCCACAUGGAACAGGUGUUUGAACAUCCAGACUGGACCCGACAAUGCCCAGAUCCUGGCCAAGAUGAGCAUUGGGAUGGGCCUAGAUUUGGGGUGGUAGCCAUCUAGUCCAGGACCCAAGACAACAAACACACAAGUUUCUUUAUGAGCAAUUUCCAAAUGAGUUGACUGUGUCAAUCCCAGGUCAAUUGUUAUAUUCAAAAACACAUUAAUGAUCAGAAUGCCCUUUGGAGUUAGAUCUGAGAUCAGGGGAGUUAUCAUCAGGUUGGGGAUACCUAUGCUUAUUUAUUCAACAGCGGAUUUUUUUUCCAUUUAUCAAUUUUUUUGGGUUUUGAUUUGCAAUAAAAACCUUGCUUAACUGAUCACUUACUGGAUAACAUAUUAUAAAUUUUUCGUGAUCCUUCUAGUAUAUAAAAGCCUGUCGUAUGGUGCCUGCUGGCGCUAACAUAAGGGUGGUGGAAAUGAGCAUGAAUGACUCCUGGUUUCGUGAUACUGGACCUACAGUGAGUUUCUCUCCCCUUAUUCAAUUUCCUAUCAUUCCAUAGUUAAAGUUUUCAAUGUAUGAGGCUUUUACUGGCAAGACAGCGGUUCAUAGCUUAAACUGAUGUCCUUAGCGAUUAGUUUCUUGUUAGGAGUUCAAGUGCAAAAUGUGCUGAAGGCCAAACUGCGGGCAUAGAUUGGACUUUCAAUUGCUGGGGUGGUGAGAACCAAUGACCUCUUCUUUUUUCGUUUCCUCCAGAAAUAUGUUUAUAAUUGGAUAUCUGUGAACAGUAUGCAUGAUCUUUGUUGAAAAAAAUUGUCAAUUUCGGAUCAGAAUUAGCCAUCAGAACUGGUAAAUUUUACUCCACCCUGAGAAUAUCCAUAAUAAUAUUACAGAGUCGACCUUGAGUUGCAGACAAGAAUGAGAUUCUCUCUCUCUCUUGUUAGAAACAUGUGCACAUAGCUCUUCUGCUGGUGCCUAGCUGUCAUCUUUCUCUUUCUUUCUUCUUCUUUUCUCCCUGAAUCCUUCAAUGGCCAAGAUGUCUGCGGAAGGCCCCGGAUUAUCUUCAGAUGGGCAUGUGAAAAGCAAUAAGUUAUAACUAAUUGGUUGCUAUGAUAAUCAAAACCUGGUUCAAAAGAGUUUUAAUUUUCUCUCUCCACGUAAAUGAAUACCUUCCUGCUUGCAUUAAUUUCGAAGUAAGGACACGUCAGUACAAUUCUCCUCAGCCUGUGAUGAGUAAAUGCUACAUUUUUUCCUUUUCUGGUCGUUCUCUGGCAUCAAAGGUUAUUUCGUCUGUCAAACAUCCAGAACAGGCUGUUGUUUCCCUUAAAAUUUGGAGCUCAGGUGGGGCGACGCGUUUACACUUUGGGCAUCUGAUUGUGUGCAGGGUCGGAAGCAUGCUACAGUGACUGGAGCCUUGAUUCCCUUGUGGCAAAGAAGGUCUUUUAAACUUUUUCAUCUCUAUCUCCGUAUAUAUUAGUUGACUUCCUCAAAUUCAACUGUCCUCAUCAUCAGAUCCUUGCCUUGGAGAGGAUCCCUAGGUUUCGACAUCAGAUGGUUCUUGAGGGUGGAAGCAUCCAUGUCGACGGAGAAGGUGAAAACGUUUUACUCUACAUCCAAUUACUGAACCCUGUUGUUAUCUUGCACCAUGGCGACAAGAAAAUAUCUAGAAAUAUUACUCACAUCCUUUUUUUUUUAUGAUUAUUAGAAAAAAAUAGUCUUUCAAGAAUAUUAUUUCACAUUUUAUCCGAUCUAUAAUGUCCAUACCUCUAUAGGUCUUUUUUAUUCAAGAAUACUGCAAGUGUGGGCAUCAGGAACACCAAUUUAUGGAAAAUUUAGGAAUAUCCAAGAGAUUAGAAGGGGUAGCAGCUGCUAUGAAAUGAACAUAUUGUAGGGUAUCAGUUAGUUUAUUGCAAUAAUAUUCAUUUAUUUUUGCGAAUAUAAGCAUUUAUCUCUUUGAAGAACAUCAGAACUCGAAAUUCGAUCUUAAUUUUGUAUAUCCUUGGCUAAAAUAGUUCCUUUCCUCAUUUCUGAUUUACCUCCCUGCAGGGACCUGCAUCACGACUGAGGAAUGCCUGCUGAAUCCAAAUCGGAACCCAGAUAUGAGCAAGGUGGAGAUAGAGAACGAAUUGAAGAUUUAUCUCGAUCUUCAGAAGGUCAUUUGGUUGCCCAGAGGCCUCUACGGUAGGCAUGCUUUUGCAGCAAAUUCUGAUGUUGCGCUUUUAUUUUCUGUUUAUGGGCUCUCUAUUUUCAUCGAAAGAUUAUUUAUCAUCUCCAAAAAGUUGAUCACGAUGAAAAUUUAGAGUUGACCAUUAAAAGGAUGGUGUUCAAUGCCAGUAUUUAUAAAAAUAAAUUAUCCAUGUCCAGAAAGGAUAAAAUUUCUGUUUUUCCUUAAUGAGAAAAUUAUCCAUGAUUCAUCAAGUAUCUGAUUUUGACUUUUGUCAUGUCCUAGUCAGCUAAUGUGGCCUAAUUGGAAGGGAUUUUCUGAAGAAAAUCAACAUGGUAAUUCAACAGGAUUUUCUUGAAUGCUCAUGCCCUGAUCCAACCAACUCAAUUCUUAGUUCCCAUCUUGCUGCUGUCCUUGUGCUUCAUCCAUGAUGGAUGUGGCCUCUUGAAAUAGUUCUCUUUAAUCUCUCUCUCUCUCUCUCUCUCUCCCGCUAGAUUAUAUAUAUAAUAUAUAUAUAUUGGCACUUUUGAAUUGUUGUUUCUGAAUAUAAAAGCUUGUUGCAGGGGACGAGGAUACCAACGGUCAUGUGGACAACAUGUGCUGCUUUGUUAGACCUGGCGUGGUCCUGCUAGCUUGGACUGACGACGAGGCCGACCCUCAGUAUGAGAGGUCUAUCGAAGCCUUUUCAGCCCUUGCUGGCUCCACUGAUGCUAAGGGGAGGAAGCUUGAGAUAGUCAAACUCCACAUACCAGGCCCGAUCUACAUGACUGAAGAAGAGGCGAAGGGCAUCAAAAACUCCGUGGGUCAAAUACCUCUCGCAUAAUUAUUCGCCGUUUUACUUCUCAUAAACCACGCUCUCUCUCUCAUAUAGUUUGCCACAAUUUGAUUUUUUUAUUUUACUAUAUAUAUAUCUCAUUCUCCCAUAUUAUUAGUCACGGCUAUCUUUUAAAAUAUAGACUCUCCCAUAAAAACAGUCUCAGAUUUAACAUCUUUCCAGCUGUGUAUUUAUUGAGUCCCAUUUAAUAUAUUUUAGAUUAUUCUCCUGCUCCUAUAAUUAGUCUCAAUUUGAGCGUCAAGAAAACUGCCGCAUCUCUCAUUCAAUCUCCUUUCAACUUCACUAUCUCCGAUUUAGCUGCAUCAUAUUCUGAUUGAUCUUGGUUAUGACUGAUAGCUGGGAAAUGCAAAGCCCCGAUUGGCGGGCACCCGACUCGCCGCCUCAUACAUCAAUUUCUACAUCGUCAAUGGUGGAAUAAUCGCACCUGCAUUUGGAGAUGAAAGAUGGGAUAAUGAAGCCUACCGUGUACUCUCCACCAUGUUUCCAAAGCAUGAGGUGAAUACAAUCACCCUUUUUUUCUCAAUAAACCUGUAUAUAUAUUCUUCUUUAUUAGGAAACAGUGGCUUUCAUAUAUGAUGAACUAAGAAUAGUAUAUUCCAAAAGAUUGGGUUUAGGGAUUUUGUGUUGAUGAUGAAGCGUCCUCCCUCUCAAUGGGUCUCAGGUUGUGAUGAUUCAAACGGCAAGGGAGAUCAGCUUAGCUGGUGGGAACAUACAUUGCAUCACUCAGCAGCAACCCUCUUCUCAGUGCAAGAAUCUCAAAGGAGAAUGA